AUGUAUUUCAGUGAUGGGAAUUUAACUGAAAAUAUCGUACAAUGUCGUUUACGUUCGCCUUCUCAAUCUUCUGCGUCUAGUGAACUUCUUAUUUGGUCUAAAGAAGGAAGUGACUAUGACUGGGAAUUGUUACCCGUUUCAUCACAAUGCGAUGAUGAAUUAUCGAGUAUACAAAGUUCAUUAAUUGUUGAAUUCGACAGUAGUUUUACUCCUGUUUCAAACGACAAUUUCAAUACCAUUAAUGAUGAUAACAGGGCUAUUACUGUUAUUGAAAGUAACUUAAGUCACAGCAGUAAUAGUAGUAGUAAUAGUAACAAUAGUAGUGGUACAAAAAUCUAUUCGUAUAAUCAUAAUUGUCUUACUGGCCAAUCGUCUACAUCACCUUCAACAUCACAAUCUUGUUCGUAUUAUAUGAAUGGUUCAUCAUUUAAACCUAAGUUACCAAAUUCUCCUAAAACUGAAGUAACAAAAACACCAAUCAAUGGAUUAUUUCUGUCAUCGCCUUCUUCAAAAAGUUUGUCGUUAUCGUCAAAAAAAGUAAUUAAUAAUCGCUUCAUCUCAUCUAGUAAUUUAUACGACCAAAGGAAUAUAAAUACGUUAGCUGAUGAUUUUAUUGAUUUAGACAUUAAAACUAUUCCUACUACUUCGAAUUGUUCAAUUACCACAUCCUAUCAUCCAGAUUUUGAUUACAUGGGUCUUCCAGAAUCACCUAUUCAAUAUUCACCAAAUUUAGCUCCUAAUCAAAAAUCACUGCCUUCAAGUUCAUUUAUUUCCAACAAUAGUAUCACUGUACAAAAAUCAAAUGUUAUAUCCCAAUCGCCGGAGACAGAGAUUAUUCAGCAAACAUCGUUAAAUCCAGAAUUCUAUCAUAAACUACCAUCUGUCAACGAAACGUCUACUUCAAAAACUAAUGUUGCCUACAAUAACAAUCGUAAUAAUGAUAAUGACAAUAAUAAUACUACUACUACUACUAAUAAUAACAGUGACUCACUCACAAAUGCUCCUAAUCAUGAAUAUAAUCAAAAUCGUUAUAAUAAAAAUAACAAUAAUGGAUUAUUUCACUGUCAAUCAUCUAAACUCAUUGAGCAUUCAUUGUCAUUAUCAGACAACGAAUCCGAUAAGGAUUUACCUGGUUAUUCAUUUCUAUCAUCUUCGUCGUCAUCUGCGUCAUCGUGUAUGCAUAUACCGUCUGCAUGUAACAACAUCAAUCAUAAUACUAACAAUAAUUGUUUUGUUAAUUACGUUGGAAAUAAUGAAGAAAAUGUUAACCAGUGUCAUCGUUCUCAUGAAGAUAAUAAAUUCACCGCAUUGUCAUUGCAUAAUUCUAUUUCACUGCCAUUUAUGCUUAUUCCUACAAGUGAAUUAACUUCAGGCGAUUCACUUACAUGUACAGUUGUUAAUAUUUUGCGUUGUUUAGGUUUAUUGGAUCGUUGUGGUGUUGAAGAUUUAUGCGCUAGUUUAUAUGAUUUCUGGAAUCAUAGUUGUUAUGCUCCAUUCCAUCCGGUUCAUUCUUUCUUUAAAUCACAUGUUAUGUAUCCAACAAGUUGGGAAUCAUCACGUAUAGAAGAACCAGUGGUGACACGAUCAUCUUCUUUCACUUCAUACACUUUAGUUGAUCCAAGACGAUCAACAGUACCUGGUGAGAAUUAUGGAAGAAAUUAUCAAAUGUUAAUAAACUGUCGUGGAAGUAAACCAUUCAAUGGAGGCUGUUUAGUUAAUUAUAUAUUAUCUUGCAGUUAUAUGGGUACAAGUUUUCUUGCUUCACAUUCAAUAUAUGAUUUGAAUAAUUUGUCUUCGCCUUGUUGUCCGCGACCAUCGACAAGUUGUUGUUAUUUUGCGAUUGAUAGAACUAAUCAAAUUUCAUCAUGUAAUUCUCCGACAAUUUAUCAUCCUAAUUUAAUUCAACCAAUUUAUAAUUCAACUAUGGAUUGGCGUAGAGGUUGUGCUGAUAAUCUUGUUCUUAUGCUUACACAUCAUAGUCCUGCUUCCGUUGUGGAUAAACUUCUUACAGGUCGUUUCUUUCCUGGACCUACUUCAUGGCGUUCUGUUUGGCCUUUUAUUCAUAAAAACAAUCCGAAAUGUUUUGAUUGCUCUAAAUCUAAAAAUAAUAAUAUUAUGUCUAAUUCUCUUAUAUUAUGGUUUUCUGCAUGGCUUUAUUGUGGAGCAAUACCUGUACUAGCACAAUUAUGUGAUUCAGUCUAUUCAAAUGAACAAUGUUUACCCUCCGAUGUCUCUCAGCCAAGUUGCAAGUCUUCAAACUAUUCAGCACAAGAGCUUGUUUGGUCCCAUCGUCUUGUGUAUGGUGUUACGGAAAAUAAUUGUGAUAUGACUUGA